GUUGUGAUUUGAUGCCUGUUACUUGAGGAAAUUAUGGAGCAGCAUAAUGAAGGUUUUAAAGAGGAUACGCAUUCGGAAAACUCUGAACUAUCGAAUGGAUAUAAUAAGAAAAACACCCUACAACUUUUAAAUGACGAUAGGUUGAGCCCAGAAGAAGGAACCAGAAAUGAAACCCUAAUCGAUUUUAGGGAUAAGAACAAUUUUUCAAGGCUACUGGACUGGUACUACGCUCCUGUGUACUUGCUCUUUUGGGUCGGACUUUUUUUCGCAGUGUGCUAUCCGCUUUUCAAUCACUUGCCCACUGGAGUAAAGAUAUCGGAGGAAUCCGAGUUGCCAGGCACUUUUGUGGCCCAACGCGCUGAAAGCAUUUUGCUCCAGAUUGAUCAAAUGGGUCCCAAAAUAGCUGGCGAUUACGUGACCGAGGUGGUAAUGGUGGAGUUUCUCCUAGGCGAGAUUGCAAAGGUGCGGGAGGAGAUGCGGGAGGAUCUCUACGAGAUGGAGGUGGAAGUACAGCGCUCCAGCGGUGCCUUUCUCCACUGGCAAAUGAUAAACAUGUAUCAAGGAAUCCAAAAUGUGGUCGUGAAGCUGAGUUCGAAGAGUUCCAACAGCACUUCUUACCUUUUGGUAAACUCUCACUACGAUUCAAAACCCAGCAGUGUAGGCACUGGCGAUGCAGAGGUCAUGAUUGUCACCAUGCUGGAGACCCUUCGUCUAAUGGCCACUUCUGAUGAGCCCUUCCUCCAUCCAAUUGUGUUUCUAUUCAAUGGCGCCGAGGAACAGCCCUUUCACGGUUCUCACUCGUUUAUAGCGAACCAUCGCUGGUCCGCCAACUGCAAGGCGUUAGUCAACCUGGAUUCGGCCGGCGCUGGCGGUCGGGAAAUUCUCUUCCAGGGGGGUCCCAACCAUCCCUGGCUAAUGAAGCAAUACAAAAAGAGCGCCAAGCAUCCGUUUGCCACCACAAUGGCCGAGGAGAUAUUCCAGGCGGAUCUGAUACCCUCGGAUACAGACUUUCGGAUAUUCCGUGACUUUGGACCGGUGCCAGGUCUGGAUAUGGCUGGUUGCUAUAAUGGCUUUGUCUAUCACACCAAGUUCGAUCGAUUCAAAGUGAUAUCCAGAGGUUCCCUUCAGAACACUGGCGAUAAUGUUUAUUCUCUGGUUCGCAGUAUUUCCAAUGCUGAGGAAAUGUACGAUACUGAGUCCCACUCGGAAGGUCAUUCGGUUUUCUUCGACUACUUGGGUCUGUUCUUCGUUUACUACACGGAAUCCACUGGAACAGCUCUUAAUAUUUCCUUUUCACUGGGAGCCAUCCUCGUCAUUUGUGUUUCCUUGUGGCAAAUGGCCAGGUUUACGGAUCAAAAAGUGGGCACCUAUGCCCGGGCAUUCGGAAUGCAGUUCCUGCUGGCAAUUUUGGGAUUUCUGCUGGCCCUCGGCUUUCCACUGCUGAUGUCUGUGUUUUAUGAUGCCGGAAAUCGCACAAUGACCUACUUCAGCAACAGUUGGUUGGUCAUAGGUCUCUUCGUCUGCCCCUCAAUCAUUGGUCUGGUCCUGCCCUCCACUUUUUACUUGACUCUGCGACCAAGUGAGAAAAUACCUCACACUUACCACCUCCAAAUUGUGGGGCAUUCCUACUGCCUUCUCCUGUCGGUGAUCUGUAUUCUACUAACAGCAAUCGGCAUUCGCACGGCGUAUCUCUUCAUGAUUUGCGUUUUCUUCUACUUGGGAGCUUUGAUUAUCAACCUGGCAAGUAGACUCCAUGAUAAGGGUUAUCUGUGGACUUUGGUGCUCGGCGCUUGCCAGAUAUUUCCCUAUCUUUAUUUGACCUACCUGUUUCACGCUCUUCUGGUCAUCACAAUUCCGAUGACGAGUCGCAAGGGCAUGGAUGCCAACCCUGAUUUGUUGAUUUCUUUAGAAUGCGCCUUGGGCUCAAUUCUGGCAAUGGUUUUCCUGGCACCACUCCUUAAUCUGUUCAGGCGACCAAAGAGCAUAGUUGCCGGCUUGGCAGUAGUAAUGUUUAUCUUUUGCAUGAUUUCCGUAUCUGAAGUGGGCUUUCCCUAUCGCGCCAAAACAAAUGUGAUGCGUCUCCACUUUCUGGAGGUGCAUCGCAAGUUCUACGAGUACGAUGGCUCCAUCAGUUUGGAAGACAGUGGCUACUAUUUCGAUUUGCAGGACAGGCGUUUCGAGACUCCUUUGCUCGACAAGAUCAAUCUGACCGGAUUCACCCGCGUCGAUGAUCUGUGCAAAACCGAGAUGAUGUGCGGUUUGCCAUGUUUCAAUCACCGGUGGUGUUCCGCCGUGGAAGAUGCUCGUUGGCUUCCACGCGAGGAGCCAGUCGAUUUGCCUGGUUCGCCAGUUUUGCAGCUCUUGAACAAGACCGUUUUUGGAACUGAUUCGGAUCCCAGGGUUCGGUAUGAGUUUAUGGUGUCUUCGGGCCCGCCGAGAAUGAGUUUCUUCAUACAACCCCGGGAGGGAGUGAAGAUGCUGCACUGGUCCUUCCUUCAAGGAAUGCUGGACAAUCCAUCCACUUACAAGCCUCCGUAUCAUAUAUUCUUUGGCUACGGCAGCGACGAUUCCCCUGUGGAGUUCUACUUGGAAAUGACGAAGGAUGAUGGAAACUUCGAAGUGCCUGUCUUGGAGUUGGGAGUUUCUGGCCACUAUAUGAGCCACCUUAGUAAGCGGGAUGAAGCUACACAGAAGUUCAUUGAAGAUCUUCCUGACUUUGCCCACCCAAUGGAGUGGCCAAGUUCCUACGAACGUUAUAUAUUCUGAGAAUAUUUAAUUAAAAAUAAAAUUGAGUUCCUUACUAAUGCCUAUAGCUCAGUUUUACCUGAC